AUGUCGACAGUACAACAAGACGAAGCGCCGCCCGCUAUACGAUUCAAGCGCCGCAAGAUCGCGCAUCCGAAGCGCGUCUUUGCCGAAGACGACGCGCCUACUGUCUCCGCCUCACAUUUGCCCGAUGCUGCGACUCUGGACGAUGCGCAACCGCCGCCGAAAGAUGCCAACGACGAAGAAGAGUCGGUUCCGAACUUGAAGGAAAUAUUGCGCAACCGAAAGCGCCCACGAGAUCGCCUGAAGGAAACCGUACGCAAAGUAGAACCAUCGCGGACUGAUUCGGUGCAAGUAGAAGCACCCCGGCCAGACCAGUAUACGAGUCGCUUCGUCGCGCAAACGGGGCAGGUCGUAGAUCGCGAUGACAGGCAGAUGUCGGAAUAUGUAGAAGCUCGCAUGGCUGAAAAGAACUAUCGCCAAUACGGCUGGCCCAUACCAAGUCAUCUCCAGGCUUCUGUAGUAACCAUCGCACCAGACCUGCAACAUACCUUUGCUUCGAGCGCAGCGGCGCAUGGCACGUCCGCUAGCACUGGCAGUCCAGCGGAUAACGAGCACAGCAACCGAUUGGCGGCAGGCCAGGGCAAGCUUGAGGAAGUAGACCUGGGCCCAGAAGCUGCUGCACGCACGGAACAAGCCUGGAAACGAUGGGACAAGGGCGAGCCUGAGCCGCCAGCAAGCAAAGCACGGCGAGACAAGUACGGCUACGCGUGGCGCAAGCCCAAAGCCAACGGGAAGACCGACGAAGAUAAACGACGCGACCAAAUGGUCGAGGCAGUGCUCCGAGAAGCCAAACUCGACUUCUUCGACUCCACCACUCCCACAAACCCCCACGUCAACCCUUCCGUCAACACCGACGACGCCCUCGUCGAGCAAUUUCGCUCCGAAUACUACGAAUCCAUGCAAGCGAAACAACAAGCUCGCAAACCAGCUGCUCCCGCCGUCAAGGGUGCGCCGCCGCCCAUCACAGGCCCCAAGCUGGGUGGCAGCAAGAGCGCAAGAGCCAAGAUGCACAAAUUACAGCAAGAAGAGCUUGCCAGGAAGAAGAGGUAA